AUGACUGAUGAUACUCAAAUUAUCAAAAUGUGGGAAUCAAUGGACCAUUCAUUAACAUCAUAUUUAUUAUCGAAAAUAACAACAAAUUUAGAAUGUUCAAUAUGUUCAGAAAUUAUGAUUAUUCCAAUGACAAUAGAAUGUGGUCAUUCAUUUUGUUAUGAUUGUAUAUAUCAAUGGUUUUCUAAUAAAAUUAAUUGUCCAACAUGUCGUCAUGAUAUUGAAAAUAAACCAAUUUUAAAUAUUCAUUUAAAAGAAAUUUGUCAUAAAAUUAUUGAAUCAAUAACUGAUAAUAUUAUUAUUAUUGGUGAUGAUGAUAAUGAUAAUAAUCAUUUGAUGAAUAGAAAAUUGGAAUGUUUAAAAACUUAUAAUUUAGAUGUUAAAAAUAAAUCAAUAUUUGGUGAUUUAUUUAAUAAUACUGUGACAACAUUAAUUGAUUGUUCUGAUGGAGUUGCAAGAUGUGGGAAUUGUCAUUGGGAAGCUCAUGGAUCAAUAUGUUCUCAUUGUGGAACUCGAUUUAGAAGAUCAACAAGAAUUAUCAAUGGAGAAAGUGAAGAAGAUGAAGAUGAUGAAAAUGAAGAUGAUGAAGACGAUGCAUUUGAAGAUGUUGUAGCGGGAUUUCGUCAAAGUGUUGAAAUAAAUGAAUAUGAUUCUGAUGAUAGUUUUAUUGAUAGUAGAACAGCUAAUGAAAUACCGGUUGGUAGUGAUAGUGAUAAUGAUAGUGAAAUUAUUACCCAUACUACUGAUAACAAUAACAAUAACAAUAAUCGUAAUAAUAGGGUUAACGGUAAUGUUGAUGAUAAUGAUAGUAAUGAAAAUGAAAAUGAAAAUGAAAAUGAAAAUGUUAGUGAUUAUGAUGUUGAAUAUGUCCAACAUGAAAAUGGUGAUAUUUUUCCUGUUAUACGUAAUCGUAAUAGUGAUUCAUUUGGUAAUAAUAGUGCAAUUCAUGAAGAUUGGCAUGGAUUUGAAAGUGCCACAUCUAGUGUAAUUGAUCGAGCGUUUUCCGAUGAUGACGAUGGUGUCCACGACGACGACGAUGAUGAUGAUGAUGAUGAUGAUGUUUCUCUUGAACAUCUGAUGAAUGAUAGCCAAGAUAGUAUACAUUUAUCAAGUCCUGAACAAGAAAAUAUAAUACAAUUGAGUGGAGAUGAUGAUGAUGAUGAUGAUUCAUAUUAUGAUUCUGAAGAUAUACGAGAUGCAUUGGAUGAAAUGGAUAAUUUUAAUGUCGAUGCCACUGAUUAUGAUAAUAAUGAAGAAGAACAAGAAGAAGAAGAAGAAGAAGAUGAUGUAGUGGAAUUAAGUGAUUAUAAUAGCUAUAGUGAUGAUAUGGUUAGUGAUGUAGAUGAUAAUAACAACAACAACAAUGAUGAUGAUGAUGUUGAUGAUGAUGUUGAUGGUUGGUGGUAA